GGGAAAGUUGAGGUUAUGUAGAUCAUGAUACGUGUUUACAAAAAUGAUGGAUGUGUCAAUCAAAUAUAAUUAAUCAUUUAAUAAACUUGUUGAUCGUUUUAUAUGUGAACAAAGAACUUUAAUAGAAUGAAAUUUAAUGAUAAAGACCUUAAUGAGGCUAGUUUUGGCCCAGCAACUAUUGAAGGACGAUUAAAUCACAAACGUGCUCAUAAAUCAGCAUUUAAAGAAAGAUGGUUUAAAUUAAAAUGUAAUUUACUAUUUUUCUUUAAUAUAAAUGACUUGGGUCAAAUUGAUAGAAGACAACCGGCGGGCGUGAUAAUUCUUGAAAAUUGCAGUAUUAAUUUAGAUACAUCUAGCGAAAGUGCCUUUGCAUUUUGUAUAUCAUUUAGAGAUGAACAUGAAAAAAGGCAUAUUUUAAGUGGACCAUCUGAGGAAAAAGUUGAAGAAUGGAUAAAUUUAUUGAGACAAGCUAGUUAUGAAUUUUGGAGAUCGCAAUUAAUAAUUCUACAACAAAGAUUGCAUAAAAAAACAGGAAAGGAUCCAUUACUUAUGUAUCCAAGAAAUCAAGGAGUCGUUAGAGAUGAAGCCUGGCAUAAUAAAGCGAGUUUUCGCUCUCAUGUUCGUUCAUUUACUACCUCAAUGGCAACAUCCUCAGCAAUUAAUACAUUAACAAGAGAAGCAAAUCUCAUUGAUUUAACAUGACAAUUUUUUAUCCCUAUUUAAAAUAAUUUAAAUUUUUCUCACAAAUAAUUAGAAAAAAAAAAAAUCCGCAAAAUUUGCAUCAAUUUCCACUAGUUUAAAAAAAUUGUAUUGUCUUUUAAUUUUUUUUUCCCCCAAAGAAUAAAAUGUUAGAAUUUUUUUUUUCUCUAAAGAGCAACAACUAUUUUUACAAUGUGUUCUCUAAAAAAAAAAAAGUGUAUAGUUUUUAUUUAUUUAACUACAUAUUUAAUAUAUCUGUGAAAUAUUAUUUUAAGGAAUGAAAGAACAUGAAUGAUUUUAUAUUUUAUCAAGUAUUUUAAUACCAAAUACUCUCUUUUUUUUAUAUUUACCACAAUUUUCAUGUAUUUUACUGGUAAAUAUAUAUUUUUUUAUUCAGAAAA